AUGAGAAUACUUGCACUACAUCCAUGGGGCUUAUCGGCUCAGCUGUUUGAAAGGCAAAUGGCCCCCCUCGUCACUCUUUUAGGGUCGAUGCACGAGAUUGUCUACAUUGAUGGGCCAAACGAAGGAAGGAAAGCAACCAGCGUCCCUGAUUUCGUGCAGAGGCCAUUUUUUAAUUGGCAUGAGGGCAUGUUGUCCCCGAGUGUUGAAAAAGCACAGGCAUUUAUCUACGAAAUCAUAGAAGACGAAGGACCCUUCGAUGGCGUUCUGGGACUAAGCCAGGGAGCGGCGCUUGCCAUGUCUAUGCUGUUACACCCUGAGAUAUGA